AUGGUUGCCGAGACCGAACUCGCAAAAGUUAAUCAAUUAAUACGAAGUUCAAUUCCAGAUAUUGACGAUGCAAUUGUAGAUUAUGUUGUCGGUUAUUUGGAUGAGGUUCCCUCUAUAGGUGAAGAUGAAGAUGCAAUUGCCGACUUUGUUCGCCCACUUCUUGUUGACGCUGCUGGUGAUUCAAGCAACAUUGAAAUAUUGUGUGAGCAGUUAACAGAGUUAUUUGCCAAUGCUUACCAAACGAAUACUAAGACCCCGCAAGGUUUAAACAAACUUGCGCAGCCUAUUAACAUGCUUUCGAGAGAUUCGGUCUCGGCAACGUCACGCUUAGUUAAUCAGUCUAUAGACCUAGAGGCUGUUAGCGGUCGAAAAGUCGAAACGAGAGUGGAUACAAAAAGGCUUGAAAAAGCUGAAGCCAAAAUUAAGGCCAAGCUAGAAAAGCGGGAACGAAGGUCAAACUAUGAAGCUAGUAAAUUAAUAAAUAAGAAAAACGAUGCGGAGUUCUAUAUACAGGUUAACCCAAUUCUGGAUUACACCUCAACAAAGGGAAAAAUCAAGGACGUUAAGAUUGAAAACUUUGACAUUUCGUUCGCUGGAAAACGAAUUUUGACAAAUGCAAACCUGUCGCUGGUCUAUGGUAGAAGAUAUGGAUUAGUUGGUAGAAAUGGUAUCGGAAAAUCUACGCUUCUGAGGACACUUUCUAGGCGCGAAAUCAGUGUACCGACACAUAUUAAAAUUAAUUGGUUUCAGAUGGUGGGCGAUGAUACAUUAGCAAUUCAAGCAGUAUUAAGUGCUGAUAUUUGGCGAGAACAUUUACUAAAAGAAGAGAAAACAUUAAACGAGACAAUAAACUCUUUGGAGAAACAAUCGACUGAGGGAAUUAAUGCAGAAGAUUUAGAUAAAGAAAAAGAAGCAGCAAGCAUGCGUCUAAAAGAAGUCUAUCAAAAAUUAGAGGAUAUUGAAAGUGACAAAGCAGAGUCUCGGGCAGCGGCAAUUUUAUCGGGUUUAGGAUUUCCGGCAGAAAAGCAUAAAUUACCCACAAGAACUUUCUCAGGUGGUUGGCGAAUGCGUCUCGCAUUAGCACGAGCUUUAUUUUGUCGGCCGGACCUACUAUUGUUAGACGAACCGACAAACAUGUUAGAUAUUCCUGCUGUUGCUUGGUUAGAACAUUACCUCAAGAAAUGGCCGAGUACCCUUUUGGUCGUAUCUCACGACAGGGAAUUUCUUGAUGAAGUGGCUACCGAUAUUUUACACCAGCAUUCUGAACGUCUUGACUACUAUAAGGGCAACUUUACGCAAUUCUGGGCGACGAAGGAAGAACGUCGAAAAAACCAGCUGCGUGAAUACGAAAGUCAGAUGCAAUAUCGUCAGCAUUUGCAAGAUUUUAUCGAUCGUUGGCGGUAUAAUGCCAAAAGAGGACCACAGGCUCAAAGCAAAAUCAAAAUAUUGGAAAAGUUACCGCAACUAGAACCUCCAGAAAUUGAAAAUAGCGUGACCUUCAAAUUUCCGAAUCCAGAUCCGCUUAGUCCGCCUAUCCUUCAAAUGAAUGAUGUUAGUUUUGGAUAUAAUUCUAAUGAAACUAUAUUAUCUAAAGUUAACUUGUCAGUGCAAUUAGAUUCUCGGAUUGCUGUUGUCGGUCCAAAUGGAGCUGGUAAAUCUACAUUGCUAAAACUGCUCACCGGUAAUUUGGAACCUCGCAGUGGCUUGGUGCAUCGUCAUGGACGUUUAAGAUUUGCCCUAUUUAUGCAGCACCACGUGGAUCAAUUGGAUCUUGAUGCCAAUGCGGUUGUUUUUAUGUCAAAAAAUUGGCCAGGUAGAAGUGAGGAAGAGUAUCGGCGACAACUCGGAAAUUUUGGUAUAACUGGCAUGACAGGUUUACAGCCUUUGGAAACCUUAUCUGGAGGUCAGAAAAGCAGAGUUACCUUUGCUUGUCUAGGGUUACAGAAUCCACAUAUAUUGAUCUUAGAUGAGCCGACAAAUCAUCUUGACAUGGACUCUAUCGAUGCUCUUACUAAUGCACUAAAAGAAUUCAAAGGUGGUGUUAUUCUCGUGUCACACGAUGAACGAUUUAUUGAUUCAAUUUGCCAAGAAAUUUGGGUGUGUGAGCGAGGUCAAGUUCGCAAAUUUGAAGGCGAUAGUAUAAAACAAUAUCGCGAGAUGAUUGUGCCUAAAGAGGAGCCAUGA